AUGUGUUUUUGUGAGCGCAGCAGAACGAUUUUUCCUCGAGAGGUUUCCGAAGAAGGAUACCUCUAUCCUUAUAGUCCUACUUACCCGCUUACCAUGAAUCACGACAUCGGGUUGGGCGAGAACUGGUGCGCCUUGAGUGAUAUUGAAGAUUUGAAUGCGAAAGUGGCUGGUCCUUCUUCAUACACAUUUACUGCAGUUUCGGAUUCGUAUGUGCCUCCUCUUGGUGACACUCAAAUCCCAGUGGACAUGUUGGCGUUGGACUUUGAAAACUAUUAUACUUAG